GUGGGGCUCAUCGGCUGCUCUCCCCGCAGCAGCCGGGACGCUUGGCCAUGUCCUGGCGCAGCGCGAGUUCGGUGGGGAGGCGACUGGUGGCGAGCGGGAGCAGCUUGGCUUGGCGGCGCAGCGCGGCUGGAGCUGCGGGCUCGGGGAUGGGAAACGGCACGUCCUCAUCUGUAGGGAAGUCAGCAUCUACGCCUGUGAACCAGAUCCAAGAAACAAUCUCUCACAAUUGUGUGGUGAUUUUCUCAAAAACAUCCUGUUCCUACUGUUCAAUGGCCAAAAAGAUUUUCCACGACAUGAAUGUCAACUAUAAAGCUGUAGAAUUGGAUAUGCUGGAAUAUGGUAACCAGUUUCAAGAUGCCCUCCAUAAGAUGACUGGAGAAAGAACUGUUCCAAGAAUAUUUGUCAACGGAACAUUUAUCGGAGGUGCAAUGGACACUCACAGGCUUCACAAAGAAGGGAAAUUGCUGCCACUGGUUCAUCAAUGUAAUUUAAAAAAAAAGCAAGAAGAAAGAAGUUGAAUGACUCGGUCGCUGUAGCCAGUAAAGUGUUAGUUAAUGCAAUCCCACACUUUAAUUGUUUGAGGAUGUUUUAAUUGAGAAUUGCCUUCAUAAGGAUGAUUUAAAAUAAUGAAUAAAUUGCCAUGGACCCCCCA